GUACUUUAUUGAAUUCAAUGGUCAAUGAAUGGAUAAUGAAAAACUUGAAAUUCUUCAGAGAGUCCUCAUUCUUUUUCUCUUCUGAUGGAGAUGGUGAAGCUCAGAAAAUUGUCAUUUUCGAAUGCCUAUUCUUCUCAUUCUGUAUAUUCUUUUAAUUACAUAGUUUACAUCUGCAUAUGCUUGCUCUUAUUUGUCACCAAUGCAAACGGAUUUAGUCCAACAAUACAGCUUCCAACAUCUGGGCUUUUCAGAAACACUUCCUACCUAUCCAAAACUCUAGUUCUCAAUAUAAAUGAUUUUGGUGCCCAAGGAGAUGGAUUCACUGAUGACACCAAGACUCUGGAAGAUAUUUGGACGUUAGCUUGUUCAUCAUUAUCACACUCAAAAAUUGUAAUCCCUGCUGGAAAAUCAUAUCUGGUUCGACCAAUUAAUUUUGCUGGUCCUUGCCAUUCAAAGGUGACCUUGAGGAUUUCUGGUACUAUUGUUUCGCCAAGAGAUCCUGAGGUCUGGAAGGGUUUGAACAUUCAUAGAUGGUUCUAUUUCCAUGGAGUAAAGAACCUCAUUAUAGAAGGGGGCGGAGUAUUAGAUGGGAGGGGCGAGGAGUGGUGGGCUCGAUCAUGCAAGAUAAACAAAACAAAUCCCUGUACUCACGCUCCAACGGCCAUUACUUUCCAUAGAUGCAAGAACUUGAAAGUCAGAAAUCUCACCACAAUUAAUAGUCAACAAAUGCACAUGGCAUUUACUACUUGUCGACGGGUUGCAGUGUCACACCUCAAUGUCUUGGCACCUGCUGAUAGCCCUAAUACUGAUGGAAUCCAUAUAAGUGCCUCAAAGCGUGUAAAACUCACUAAUAUCAUUGUUAGCACAGGAGAUGACUGCAUAUCCAUAGUUAGCAAUUCUUCAAGGAUCCACAUGAAAAACAUUGUGUGUGGACCAGGACAUGGUAUAAGCAUCGGAAGUUUGGGAAAAGCAAACUCAUCAGCUUAUGUGCAGAAUGUCAGUCUUGAUGGAGCAUAUCUGUUUAACACGGAGAAUGGAUUGAGGAUUAAAACAUGGCAGGGAGGCAGUGGUUUUGCAAGAAAAAUCAAAUUCCAGAAUGUUUGGAUGAAAAAUGUCUCAAAUCCUAUCAUAAUAGAUCAGUAUUACUGUGAUUCUUCCAGUCCUUGUCCAAACCAGACUUCGUCGGUCAGUAUUGACAGUGUCUCCUUCCGUAAUAUCAGAGGAACUUCAGCUACGGAGGUAGCAAUCCUAUUUGCGUGCAGUGAAAGCUUUCCAUGUAGAAGGUUGUAUCUGAAAAAUAUUCAACUCACAUCGGCCUCUGGUGGAAUUACAAGAUCAUUCUGCUGGGAAGCAUACGGCAAAAGCUCAGGGCUGAUUUACCCUGCUCCUUGCAUUUCAUCUGGUGAAAUGAUAAUCGGAGUGAAUGUUAAGUCGAACUCUACUCAACGGCAUAAAGUUGAUUAUGCUUUACUGUAGACGUAGAAGCCAAGAAAUGGUUAUACCAGCUACUGUAUCAACUUUGUUGAACUAUUACCUCCAAGGAAGCUGGAAGACAAGCGAGAUUGCUGAUUUCCGAAUGAUCUCAGUGAGCAGUCAUUUAUUACUUGGAAUAUUACUAUACACUCUUCAAAAUUGUGAUCACGCUAAGUUGCAUAUAUCGUUAUUCUAAAAACCCAACUACAAUAUUCUUGUAUUCUAAUUAAUUUGCUUCUUAUGUAUCAUACAAGUUGCUAUUGGUGAUGGGACGGCAAAAUCAGAAUGCAAGUGCGUAAGGGUAAGUUUGCGAUACUAAA